UGGAGUACUACUAUUUAUUCCUGUCUCAAAACCUGAAGUGUUUGUGGUCUGAUCUAAAAACCGAAAUUCUUAAGUCUUCUCUGUCAAAGCCUAAUAGAUUUGGGUGUAUUUGUUCGAAAAUUUUGAAAUAAAAUAAUGGGAGGAAGUAGUGCUACUGCUUUGCUCAAGGUUCUGCUUCACAACUUUGAUAUUCUUGCUGGGCCUGUGGUUAGUCUUGUUUAUCCACUGUAUGCAUCCAUCAGAGCUAUUGAAAGCAAGUCUCCUGUUGAUGAUCAACAAUGGCUCACUUAUUGGAUUCUGUAUUCCAUGAUCACUCUUAUGGAGCUCACCUUUGCCAAACUUAUUGAAUGCAUACCUAUCUGGUCUUAUGCCAAGCUGAUUACAACUUGCUGGCUAACUAUACCUUACUUCAAUGGCGCUGCAUAUGUUUACGAGCAUUUUGUGAGACCAGCAUUUGUGAACGCUCAGAAUCGGACUGUUGAUACCCAGCAUGUCCCAAUAAAGAAGGUUGUUUUUAGUAAGGAGGAUGAUACUGUAAUAGCGACAGAGAAGUACAUGAAGGAGAAUGGAACAGAUGCUUUUCGAGAUCAAAUUGACAAGGCCGAGUAUAGAGGGAACAAACUAAGGAAUAAGUAAGGUAUUUUUGACCGAUGAGUACACUACUGAGAAUGGCUGUCCGGAGACAGCAAAUCAAAUAGUCGUGUAACCUCGUCAGCAUAUUUUGAGAACAAGUCGACUUUUGGUAGGUCGUUGGCUUCCCAUGGCCGUUGUACUAUGUAAUAUUGUAAUGUAUGUGUUCAUGAUGUACAUAGCUUCUAGCUUAACUAAGGUGAUUGCGCGAAACAACAUGAUGUAUAAAUCUCUUUACGCUUCUGCUUACUAUCAUUUACAUAGUUGCUGUUAUAUGCAAAUAAUAGGGGGCUUUGUGCACUUGUACUUCUUCGUCUCACUUAAUUUUGGAUAUACUAUUUUAUCAUUUGCAA